UUUGCAGCAAUUGUGCUCAGCUUCGUGAAUGAGCAAAAUCGGCCACUAAAUUCUCAAAAUGUAGCUGAUGCAUUACAAAAGUUUAACCUCAAGAAGGCAUCUAUUCAAAAAGCACUGGAUGCUCUUGCUGAUAGUGGAAAGAUUUCAUUCAAGGAGUAUGGUAAGCAGAAAAUAUAUCUUGCUCGCCAAGACCAGUUUGAUAUCUUAAACAAUGAAGAGCUUGCCCAAAUGAAGGAAGAAAAUUCCAGAUUGCAGAAUGAGCUGAAUGAACAAAAGAGAGCAAUCAGUGAGGUUGAGGGAGAGAUUAAAACUUUGCAAUCAAAUUUGACCAUGGACGAGAUACGCAGCAAAGAAGCCAAACUGAGGAAAGAGGUGAAGGAAAUGGAGGACAAAUUGGAUAAAUUACGUGGAGGGGUUACCCUUGUGAAGCCUGAGGAGAGGAAGGCAAUCGAGGAAAUGUACUCAGAGAAGAUAAGCCAUUGGAGAAAGCGCAAAAGAAUGUUUAAGGAUCUAUGGGAUGCCAUAACUGAGAACUCGCCUAAGGAUCUAAAGGAAUUCAAGGAGGAGCUUGGUAUUGAAUAUGAUGAAGAUGUUGGAGUGAGUUUACAGUCAUUCUGUGAUCUGCUGCAGCACGGGAAGAAGCGAGCAAGAGGCCAGUAAUGUUAUAUGAAGAGUUACAUACAUUGUCAUUAUUUCAGACAAGAAGUUGGUAUUUUUCUAUGGGUAAAUCUGUUUCAAAUGUUUUUAGAUUCUGCAUCCUUGUACGAUCUUAUACUUCUGGAUAAUAAUAAAUCAGUUUCACAAAUUGCAUCCAAACUUUGUUUCAUAGAAUGGAACUUGUUGUCAGUCUAUGUGAGUUAGAAGCGAAGAGCAACUAGACAGAACUUUUAGU